AAAAAAACUAGCAUCUCUGCAUGAUCAUUUUCAUGGACAGAAUCUAGUGAUUCCCCAUUCUGUAUUAUCCUAUCCACACGAACAACACCAAUUUCUCAUGGCGAUACAAGUGGAUUUGUGUUCAUUUGAACAAGUCAAUCUCCAGUAUUUACGGGUCCCUAGCGAUCAAAACUUUAUGAUCCAUCCAUUAAACUCCGUUAAUUUUCGGUUUCAUUCUACCUUCCUUAUCUUUCAAAAUUCAACAACAACUUUCCACAUUCUGGUUGCCUAAUGGCUAAGGCAUCAAUCGAUGCUCAGUUGAGGCGUAUAGCUCCUUCAAAAGUUUCUGAGGAUGACAAGCUUAUUGAGUAUGAUGCUUUGUUGUUGGAUAAGUUUCUUGACAUUCUUCAGAAUUUACAUGGGGAAGCUCUCAGAGAAACGGUUCAAGAAUGCUAUGAGCUUUCUGCCGGAUACGAAGGAAAACAUGACUCCAAGAAACUGGAUGAACUUGGAAAUGUCUUAACAAGCUUAGACGCCGGGGAUUCAAUCGUCAUCGCAAAAGCAUUCAGUAACAUGCUUAAUUUAGCAAAUUUAGCCGAAGAAGUUCAGAUUGCUCAUCGCCGAAGGAUCAAAUUAAAGACUGGUGAUAUUGGUGAUGAAGCUUUGGCGGCAACAGAGUCUGAUAUAGAAGAAACCCUCAAGAAACUUGUGAAUAAGCUUAAAAAAUCCCCUCAAGAGGUUUUCGAUGCGUUGAAAAAUCAAACGGUUGAUUUGGUGUUCACUGCUCAUCCGACUCAGGCUGUGAGGAGAUCGUUGCUUCAAAAACACGGAAGAAUUCGGGACUAUUUGGCCCAGUUAUAUGCCAAAGACAUCUCUCCUGAUGAUAGACAGGAACUGGAUGAGUCGUUGCAGCGUGAAAUUCAAGCUGCUUUUCGCACAGAUGAAAUUCGUAGAAAUCCUCCGACCCCACAAGAUGAAAUGAGAGCCGGAAUGAGUUACUUUCAAGAAACUAUUUGGAAAGGAGUUCCUAAAUUUUUACGACGUGUUGACACUGCUCUUAAAAAUAUCGGGAUUAAUGAACGGGUCCCAUACAAUGCACCUCUUAUACAAUUCUCCUCAUGGAUGGGUGGUGACCGUGAUGGUAAUCCUAGAGUAACACCUGAGGUCACAAGGGAUGUUUGCUUACUUGCAAGAAUGAUGGCUGCCAACAUGUACUUUUCUCAGAUUGAGGAUUUAAUGUUUGAGUUGUCCAUGUGGCGAUGUAGUAAUGAACUUCGUGUUCGGGCAGAAGAAAUCUAUAGAUCAGCAAGGAGAGACGUAAAACACUACAUAGAGUUCUGGAAACAGGUUCCUCCCAAUGAACCAUACCGCGUUGUUCUUGGUGAUGUGAGGGAUAAGCUAUAUAAUACACGCGAACGGUCCCGUCAUCUAUUAGCUCACGGGUUUUCUGACAUUCCAGAGGAGUUCGCUUAUACCUAUGUUGAACAGUUUUUGGAACCGCUUGAGCUAUGCUACAGAUCACUAUGUGCAUGUGGCGAUAAUGCGAUUGCCGAUGGAACCCUACUUGAUUUUCUAAGGCAAGUAUCCACAUUCGGGCUCUCACUUGUAAGACUCGAUAUCCGUCAAGAAUCCGAACGCCACACGGACGUCUUGGACGCCAUUACCCAACAUUUGGAAAUCGGGUCAUAUCGGGAAUGGUCCGAAGACAAGCGCCAACAAUGGCUUCUAGAAGAACUAAAUGGAAAACGUCCUCUUUUUGGGCCCGAUCUCCCGCAAACUGAAGAAAUCACAGAUGUUUUGGAUACAUUCCAUGUGUUAGCCGAACUCCCAUCUGAUUGUUUAGGUGCUUACAUCAUCUCAAUGGCUACAUCACCUUCUGAUGUCCUUGCAGUUGAACUUCUUCAACGUGAAUGCCACGUUAAAAAACCGUUACGCGUUGUUCCCCUUUUUGAACGGCUUGCGGAUCUCGAAGCCGCCCCUGAAGCCAUGUCGCGUCUUUUUUCAGUCGAUUGGUACAAAAAUCGAAUCCACGGUAAGCAAGAAGUCAUGAUCGGAUACUCCGAUUCGGGAAAAGAUGCGGGUCGGCUCUCGGCUGCAUGGAUGCUUUACCAGGCUCAAGAAAAGCUUGUUGAGGUGGCGAAAAAGUACGGUGUUAAGUUAACCAUGUUCCAUGGACGCGGUGGGACCGUUGGGAGAGGAGGUGGGCCCACCCAUUUGGCUAUACUGUCCCAACCACCUGAAACCGUUCACGGGUCGCUUCGAGUCACGAUUCAAGGCGAGGUUAUUGAACAGUCUUUCGGUGAGGAGCAUUUGUGUUUUAGAACACUUCAAAGGUUUUGUGCGGCUACACUUGAGCAUGGGAUGAACCCCCCUGUCUCGCCUCGACCCGAAUGGCGUCAACUUAUGGAUAAUCUUGCAACCUUUGCAAGUGAAGAAUAUCGUUCUAUUGUAUUCAAGGAACCACGAUUUGUCGAGUAUUUUCGUCUUGCAACGCCCGAAACAGAGUACGGGCGGAUGAAUAUCGGUAGCCGUCCAUCCAAAAGAAAGCCAAGCGGUGGCAUAGAAUCGCUGAGAGCCAUUCCUUGGAUCUUUGCGUGGACCCAAACGAGAUUUCAUCUUCCUGUUUGGCUCGGUUUUGGUGGCGCGUUCAAGAAAGUCAUCGAAAAAGAUUCCAAGAAUCUUUUGAUGUUACAGGAAAUGUACAAAACAUGGCCUUUUUUCCGGGUCACUAUCGACUUGGUAGAGAUGGUGUUUGCUAAAGGAGAUCCCGGCAUUGCCGCUUUAAACGACAAGCUGCUUGUUUCUAGUGAUUUGUUAACGUUUGGAGAAUCGUUACGGAAUAACUACGUUGAAACCAAGAAUCUUCUCCUCCAGAUUGUUGGACAUAAGGAACUUCUAGAAGCUGACCCUUACUUGAAACAAAGGCUCAGACUGCGUGAUGCGUACAUAACAACCUUGAAUGUAUGCCAAGCGUACACCCUGAAACGUAUUCGUGAUCCAAACUAUCAUGUGCAGUUAAGGCCUCAUAUCUCUAAAGAUGCGCCUGAGCCAAGUAAACCGUCUGAUGAACUUAUUAGGCUGAACCCGACAAGCGAAUAUGCACCAGGGUUGGAGGACACACUCAUCUUGACCAUGAAGGGCAUUGCUGCGGGAAUGCAGAAUACCGGUUGAUCAUUUGACGUUUAUUGCCACAUUUUAAGGUUGUUUAUAGAUAGGUUAUGAUUAAUAGUUGAGUUAAAUUGUUGUUGGGUGAUCUCAUGUAGGGAAAACUAUACCCUUAUAGUUCACUUGGUUUUCUACACCAUUGAUGGUUACUUCAUUGAUGAAAUGGUUGCAUUUUUCUAUGAAUAAAUGUGUGGUGUCCACAAAACAUCUAGUCAAA